AUGCCGCAUUAUGUGACUCCAAAUUCAAAAGGCUUUGACUCCAAUGCAAGAUGUGAGUAUCACUCUAACACCCACGGUCAUAGUACCAAGAAUUGUUGGACAUUAAAGAAAGCCAUUGAAAAUUUGAUUGAAGCAAAGGCAAUUGUGGUAGCAAACAAUGAAGAUACUCCUAAUAUCACAAACAAUCCGCUCCUAGCUCAUGAUAAUACACAUUUUAUUGGGAUGAUUUGUGAUGAUCGGGAUUAUAAGCAGUCUGGCAAGACAGAGACGAUUGUUGGAACCAUAGGGCAAGAGCCAAAAGUGAUAGUAAGCCCGCCGCAAUCGGCACCGUUGACUGUGAAAGGUGCGAGUUCUAGUUCAAACACGACAGAGCCAGUUGUAAUCCGACCUGUUGCACAACUCCCAAUGUCAAACACAAAAGCUAUUCCCUGGAAUUAUGACAAGACUAUCAUGACAUACAAAGGAAAAGAGAUAGUGGAAGAAACAGAUGAAAUGGGAGGCUUGACCCGCUCUGGAAGGUGCUACUCACCAGAGGAAUUAACAAAAGCUAAGCAAGCCAAGGAAAAUCACUUUCUAGUGAAAGAACCCAUUUCAGAAAAAGAAGCGGAGGAAUUCCUUAAGAAGAUGAAAAUGCAAGACUACUCAAUCAUUGAUCAACUAAGGAAAACCCCCGCUCAGAUAUCUUUGUUAUCUCUGCUUUUGCACUCUAAAGAACAUCGCCGUGUGUUGAUCAAAACUUUGAACGAGGCAUAUGUCUCAGAAAAGACAACGGUGAAUCAGCUAGAAAAAAUGGCUGAAAGAUUCUUUGAGGUGAACAAAAUCUCUUUCAGCGAUGAUGAUUUGCCUGAGGAAGGAGCUGGGCACAAUAAAGCUUUGCAUCUUAUGGUCAAAUGUGAAGGAAUUCGAACUAGUAGUGUCAGCAUCAGGGCUUUUGAUGGUUCAAAAAGAGACACUAUUGGGGAAAUCGAACUCACCAUGACAAUUGGCCCGGUUGAUUUUAACAUUGUCUUUCAAGUGUUGGAUAUGAAAACUUCCUAUAAUUUUCUUCUGGGAAGGCCGUGGAUCCAUAUGGCCAGAGCUAUACCAUCCACCCUACAUCAAAUGGUCAAAUUCGAGUAUGACAGGCAAGAAAUUUUUGUUCAUGGGGAGGAUGACUCAUCCGUCUAUAAUGACCCGUCCAUUCCAUGUAUCGAGGCCAAGGAAGGAUGUGAAUCCCUCAUAUACCAAACAUUUGAGGUGAUUGAGGUAGACCAAGUGGAAGAAGGAAAACCAAUUCUGCAUCCCCAUCUUUCAUCCACAUCUAUGAUGGUAGCUUCACUGAUGUUGAGGAACGGCUAUGAACCAGGAAAAGGAUUAGGAUCCUUUCUGCAAGGAAUUGUGAACCCCAUUGCUCCUUUUUCGAAGAAAGAUACCUUUGGCUUGGGUUUUAAACCAACAUCAGCUGACAUAAAUAGAGCCAAGGCCCGCAAAAAGAAUGGUUGGAAAUUGUCAAAACCAAUCCCUCACAUUGCCUACUCUUUUGUCAAGCCACAAUUUGAAGAAGUCCAAAAUCCUUCUACUCAGGAUGACAUUGAUGAAGUUUGCCAGGGUCUCAAGGAGAUGUUCUAUGGGAUCAAUAUGGUUCAAGUUGGUGAGGGCCCUAGCCGUGCAAGUGUUCAGCUGAUUGGUCCAGAUACCUCGCUCAACAACUGGGAAGCAACUCCUCUUCCCAUCAGGAAGGAGUCUUGGUAG